AUGAAUCAUUUAUAUGCAAUCAACCAAAUGUCUGCUACUCAUAAUAAACAUUGGAAUUUUUUAAAAUUAUUGUGUAAAGAUAAAAAUGUUGAUGAAGUUAAUAAAAAGCUGGAAGAAAUUGCUUUACAGCAUAAAAACGAGAUAACUCUCAAACAGGAUAUAGCAAAACAGCGCGUUAAUGAUCAACUGUAUGAAAUUCAUAAAGUAGCUGAAGAAAUUGAUCGAACUAAGUUUGCCGUCGACUCCAAUAAGGGAUUAUGGCAAAAAGUGCUCAAAGGUCAUAAUCGACUGUUUCCAAACUUUCUGAGCAAAAUAAACUCAAAUCUCGACUCAUCCCCGACAAACUUUAUUAAAAUAUCAGGACCUCCACCACGCCCAAAAACUAGACUGAUAUUAUCCGCCCCGAGAGUCAGACGAAUCAGACGAAGACCAGCCACCACUCCAAACUCAACUCGGUCUACAUUAAUUUUAGGAUUGACUUCAACUGUCGGUUCUGCAUCUCAACGAAAAUUAUGGUUUCUUUCUAGAUCCUACCUGGAGUUAGAAAAUCAAAUCCGAGUUGAACGUCGAAAAAAUCGACAGCAAAUAAAAUCAUCUAGAUCAUGUCCACCACGUGUAAGUCUAUCAACAAAUAUGAACGAUCAACUUGAUUCGGCAAGAAGCAUUAACUCAAGGCCUUCUUCAUUUGCUCCAAAAACUCCAAGAGAACAGAAGAUUAAGAGGUGUUUGUAUUUCCUUAAAAUUCAGCAAACAGAACUUCAAGAAAAAAUAAAUAAAUUUUGUGACGACAUUAGUGAGUUUAUUAAAAGUUCACUAAAUAUUAAUGAUGAAGUUGUGCCUGAUAAUGCUUUGUCUAUCAGUAUUUUUUGA